AUGUCCAUCAUCAAACAGUAUUUGCAUUACAAGAGCACAACCCCCAAGGCACCGUUGAGUCUUUAUUACUUCAAUUUCAAGGGACGCUUCUCGCGGUCUUACAUCUACACGCAAACGUAUGCUGAUUUCGGAGUUUGUCACGCGGACGACCUGAACUUCCUCUUUCGUCCUUCGACAUUAAUCCCCGAUUAUGCGCCGGAAACCCCUUCAUGGUACAUGGCGAAAACUCUCGUCGACUAUUUCGUGCAGUUCGCAACCAAUGGCAUCACUGAACCACUGUGUACCACCGAGAGUUGUCCAAUAUUGCAAUUCACCAAUUCGGAAGACCCACGUUACCCUGUGAAGACCAACUACUUGGAAGGUUUCAACGAGGAACGAUUUGCCUUCUGGUAUAACCUUUAUGCAAUGCAGAAUUAUUAACUUGGAUGGUUUAUGCUCCAAAUGUUUUAGUCUGAACAGCUAAUAAAUAUAAAGAAUCACGUAAGAUUUUA